AUGCCACACACUACUAUGCCCAUAAAUGACUCCACCAAUUCUAUUACCUCACAACUAGACAUAUCUCAUAUACAGAUUGGUGGUAGAAAGUCAAAACUUGCCGUUGUACAGCUGGAACUUGUUAAACGGGCCAUACAAGACAUAUACCCCCAAAUUGACUGCUCAAUACUAGCUUUAAGUACUUUGGGAGACAAGGUACAAACACAGCCACUUUAUUCAUUUGGUGGUAAGAGUUUAUGGACCAAGGAAUUGGAAAUACUUUUGAUGGAUAGAGUUGACGAGUUUCCUCAAUUGGAUUUAAUUGUUCAUUCGCUUAAAGAUAUGCCAACUCAUUUACCUGAUGAGUUUGAAUUGGGUUGCAUAUUCCAAAGAGAAGAUCCACGUGAUGCUAUAGUUAUGAAACAGGGUAGUCCUUAUACCCAUUUACGAGAUUUGCCAGCUGGCUCAAUAGUUGGUACUUCUUCCAUUAGAAGACUGAGUCAGUUGAUUAAAAACUAUCCUCAUUUGAAAUUUGAAAGUGUACGAGGCAAUAUUCAAACCAGAUUAAGAAAAUUGGAUGAUCCUGAAAACGAAUAUUGUUGUCUUAUAUUAGCAAGUGCUGGGUUAAUACGUUUGGGAUUGGGCGAUAGAAUCACUUCAUGUUUAGACGAUGUCUAUUAUGCUGUUGGUCAAGGUGCAUUGGGCAUUGAGAUUAAGAAGGAUAACUUUGCCAUUAAGGAAAUUUUAAAGCAAAUUGAAGACCCAGUAGCAACUGUAUGUUGUCUUGCUGAAAGAUCAUUGAUGAGGUAUCUUGAAGGUGGAUGUUCAGUGCCAUUGGGUGUCCAUUCAGAAUACAAUCAACAUACACAAGUAUUGACAGUAAAAGGUAUAGUUGUUAGUCCUGAUGGUACUCAAGCUAUUGAAGCUGAAGUUUGUGGCAAGAUUAAUAAUAGAGAUGAGGAUUGUGAACGGUUAGGAAUUGAAUUGGGAGAUAAAUUAAAGGAACAAGGUGCUCAGGAUAUCCUUGAUAGCAUAGAUAUGACCAGGAUUAAUGCCAAACCUACCGAAGUAUAA